AUGGUUUGGAGUCAACUAGAGUUGGAGGCUCCCCAUAUAGCGUACGCAUGUGUUGGGAUAUUUAGUACGCUAUUCUCGUUAGUAUCCCUUUUCGUCAAGGAACGUCUUUAUAUCGGUGAAGCAACCGUGGCCACCAUCGCCGGACUCAUAAUUGGGCCACAUUGUCUAGAUUGGUUCAACCCUGUAACAUGGGGAAACACCGACUAUAUAACAUUGGAAAUAUGUCGUAUUGUCCUUUGUAUUCAAAUCGUUGCCGUGGCUGUAGAAUUACCCAGAAAAUAUAUGAAGAAGCAUUGGGUGUCUGUGACGAUUUUCUUGUUGCCCGUCAUGACCUUUGGGUGGCUCACGGUCGGAUUAUUUAUUUGGUGUUUGAUUCCUCAUUUUUCAUUCAGUGAUGGAUUGCUCGUGGCAGCAUGUGUCACAGCCACCGAUCCUGUGUUGGCUGCUGCCGUUGUCGGUAAGGGGAAAUUUGCCCAGAGAGUGCCAGGACAUUUGAGGAAUUUACUUUCUGCCGAAUCAGGAUGUAAUGACGGUAUGGCAUUUCCAUUUAUCUUUUUGGCAUUGUAUAUAAUUACCCACAGGGGUGAACCAGGCUUGAUUGUCAAGGACUGGUUCUUGUUGACUAUUUUUUGGGAAUGUCUAUUUGGAUGUUUAUUAGGGGCUGUCCUAGGGUACGUUCUUAGAAAACUCGUUGCAUUUGCAGAAAGAAGAAACUUGAUUGAUCGAGAAUCAUUCCUUGCCAUUUUUGUAUUCUUGGCAUUCAACUCAGCUGGUAUUGGAUCCAUGUUGGGAGUUGACGAUUUAUUAGUUUCAUUUGCCGCCGGUACAGCAUUUGGAUGGAAUGGAGACUUUGCCAAAAAGACAGAGGAAUCACACGUGUCCACUGUCAUUGAUUUACUUUUAAACUUGUCGUUUUUCGUGUACUUUGGUGCCAUUAUCCCCUGGCCUCAAUUUAACAAUCCUGCCAUUGGCCUUGACGUUUGGCGACUUGUUAUUCUUGCAUUUGUGAUUAUCUUUCUUCGUCGUUUACCCGCGGUUAUCGCAUUCAAACCAUUCACACCAGAUGUUAAAACGUGGAGAGAAGCGUUGUUUUGUGGUCAUUUUGGACCCAUUGGAGUCGGAGCCAUUUUUGCAGCCAUCCUUGCCCGAAAGGAUUUGGAAGCCCAUUAUACUACAGAAGAAACUCCAUUGGCACAUUUACCUAAUGAGGAAUUCCCUCAUUACCAAUUACUCGCGUGCAUUUGGCCCAUGGUUUGUUUUAUCGUAAUUACUUCGAUUGUUGUACAUGGUUCCUCUGUAGCUGUGCUUACACUUGGAAGAAGAUUGAAUAGAAUGGCAAUCACCAUGAGUUUUACCACCACCGGUGAAGGAAAUGGACCUACUUGGAUGCAAAGAUUGCAGAAGUUAGAUAAGACAAGCACGACAUUUAGUUUGCAUCGUGUCGACACCAUAGCUGUCACGGAAAAGGAAAAACCCACUGAUGAGCAAGGCGUGGCUACUGGAGUAGAAACCAGUGGGAUAAAAGUACGUCCCGCAGGAGGUGCCAAGCGCCGGGCCCAGCUCAAGAAGAAAAAGAAGAAGAAGAAGAAGAAGCCGGCACAUAUCAUCAAGAAGACAUUGUCGAAGGUUACCACGGGUGGCAUGUCUGAUGAAGAGGAAGAAGAAGAGUAUGAACAUAAAACUGAUCGUCAACGACCACAAACUGAAUUUUUACAAUUGGGGAGAUCAAACAAUUUGGCCCCCAGUGAAACCAGCGAGGACACUGUGGAAGAAAAGCCAAGCUCGCCCAAAGAAGACACUAGUGUUGAAACUGAAGAAACUAUGCAAGGUGGUGUACCCGAUAAGACUUCUGGUAUGAAGAAGUAUGGACAAAGGCCUCCUACUGAAGAGGAGAAACGGUCUAUACCUACCGUAGCUUAUCAAGAUGGUGAUCAAAUCAUAAUUGAAGAUCAAUACGGGGAAAUUAUGGAUUCGCUUAAGCUUCAACAACGUGCCAAACCUGCACCAGUUGAACCCGUCGAAUCAUUCACGAAUAUUAAUGAUGACGACGAUGCCAGUGUCCAUUCAGAAGCAUCAUUGCAACGUCGACUUAGCCAAUAUGCGUCGGCAGAUUCCGAGUACUCAUUUAAUGACGAGAAGCAAGAGCAGGAUGACACCGACUUGUCGCCUAUUCGUAAGAGAAUUAGUCGGUCUAUAUCGAAAAAGACCAAGGUUUUAUAUAGGAAGGACGAUCCGCACCGUAAGAAGGUGUAUGCUCAUCAAGUUGAUGAUUUAAUUGUGAUUGAGAAUGAAGAAGGGGAGAUUAUCAGAAGGUACAAGGUUAAUAGACAUCAUAGUAAGUUUAGAAAUCCACCUCAAGAACAAGAAGGAGGAACUAGACCCAGAUCAACUACGUUGGUUGGCAAGAUGAAACUGAUUCUUGGAUUUAAUGAAAGCGAACCAACUUCUCCUACAACGCCAACUAUUCAAGUGUCAAAUUAUGACUUGGAACAAGGUAAUUCAAAUAUGAUUAUUCCUCACGAGGGAGAUGAAGGAGAUACAAAAUUAGAACAUAAGUUGUCAAACAUGUUGAGUAAGAAAAAGAGUCCUCCACCACGGGUACUUUCUGAUGAAGAUGAAGAAGAUAGUAAUGAGUCACAGGAUUCGGAAGAGGAUGUUUCAGAAGUUGAUUCAGAAGUUGACUCUGAAGAAGAUUCCGACGAGCAUGAAACUGAGGUCGAAAAGAGGAGGAGAUUACAAGCAUUGGGUAAAUUACCUGUACAUCGCCACCAAGACGAUGAAGAAGAUUAG